UUGCCGCCACAAACCAAGUAGCGGUUAGACGCGGACCACCAUCCUUUAGCGAGACGCGGACAACAGCACUGGUCUGCAGUUCUGCACUCCGCAGGCAGGCAAGCACGCAGGCCUGCCGUCCCGAGAUGGCGGCGACCCUCCAGUCUCCUUCCGCCGUCUGCGUCCCCGUCCCCUGCGCCGAACGGCUACGCACCCCUCGUCCCAUCUCGCGGCGAGUUCCCCACAAGCCUGCACUCUCCUGUAGCAGAGCAUGCCGCGCCGGCGUCCGCUGCUCCGCCGCAAACAAGCCCUCCCCUCCUCCGCCCACCACUCCGGACAGCAGCGAGGUAAGCUCCAUGGCGAAGAUACGGAGUGAGGUCCUCUCCCCGUUCCGGUCGGUGCGGAUGUUCUUCUACCUCGCGUUCAUGGCCAGCGGCACGCUGGGGGGACUCAUCGCGCUCGCGCGGCUCCUCCCGUUGCUGUCCGGGUCCGCGUCCGACCCCGCGCGGGCGGCCGACACGCUCAAGGGCCUGGGCAUCGACGUCGCGGCCGUCUCGCUCUUCGCCUUCCUCUACGCGCGCGAGAGCAAGGCCAAGGACGCCCAGGUGGCCAGGCUCGCGCGGGAGGAGCGCCUGUCCAGGCUCAGGCUCCGCGUCGGCGCCGCCGAGGGCAGGCCGUUCACGCUCAGCGAGCUGCGGGGCACCGCGCGGCUCGUCAUCGUGGCGGGCCCCGCGGACUUCGUCGCCGAGUCGUUCCGCAGGAGCCAGCCGUUCCUGAGGGAGCUCGCGGAGAGGGCCGUGCUGGCGGUGCCCUUCGCCACGGACGGGAACACGCCCGAGCUGCGGCUCGACGAUGGCGGCGACGAGGACGUCAUCGACGGCGGCGACGACGUUGCCAGGAGGAGCAAGAGGCUGUGGCAGCUCACGCCGGUGUACAUAACUGAAUGGGCGCAAUGGUUAGACGAUCAGAAGAAGCUGGCCGGCGUGCCAUCUGAUUCCCCCGUGUACCUCUCCCUCCGGAUGGACGGGCGCGUCCGCGGCAGCGGCGUGGGGUACCCACCGUGGCAAGCGUUCGUGGCGCAGCUGCCGCCGGUGAAAGGGAUGUGGUCGGGUCUUCUUGACGGGAUGGACGGCAGGGUGCUAUAGGCCAACAACGUGAUGACUGAUAAGCAGCCAUCCCGUUUUUCCGUACCUACUAGUUUAGCUAGAUGUGACCAGUGCUUACAACGAUGUGUUUAUUACUUGUUCAUAAGAGUUGAAAUUGAGAAAGCACUGCUUUGUGUAUAUUGUAUAGUAGCACACGGACGUUAAAUGAAAGACAUCAUGUGUAUUGUCCAUCUUCCUGCA